AUGUCGUGUCUUCCCGCUGACACCUUCUCGCACUUCGAGCAGCGGAUUUCGAACUUCGAACAGAGGGAGCAGGAGAUCCUGGCACGAGAUGCCCAGAUUGAAGCGAAGCGUGUCCAAGUCAUCUCGCAGGCGGCCUACGGCUAUGGGCUGGUAGCUGACCGUCAUCCCAACAAAAAGGCAUGUGAAACCAACAGGCAGAUGCCCAGGCCUCAGGCCUGGGCUGGCAGGAACGUGCAUCUGCCUUUCUACCUUUUGCAAGCCACCUCGCUCAGAGGUUUGGCAUUUUUGAUGGGAGGAGGGCCUGCGUUCCAUUGA